AUGGCUCCAGAUGGUGCCAACUGUAUUAAGUUGUAUUUACUUGUUCAUAUACGGGUGUUUAUUUUUGUUAGAAUAAGCCUUGAAAUAUUCAUCUGGAUAGAUAUUUUUAAAAUGACUGAAAAGGAAGAAUCUUUGGAGCCUAGUAAUGACAUGAUUAAUAUCAAAGUCCUUAAAGGAAGAAAUUUUAAAGGACCAAAAGGAGAAUAUCUAGGGACAGUUACUAUAAAAGCUCAUUUUGGAGAAAAAGCUCUUGGUGAUGUUCAAAAGUUGGACUGUUCCUUUAGGACAGAUAUUGACCUGAAAUACACAGUAGAGUUAAACUGCUCAAGUGCUGACCCAGCUACUAUUGAUGAGAUUGCAUAUCGACCAGUGGUUUUGACAUUUGCCAAAAUUUUACCACGAGAAAAGAAAAAGAAAGAAGAAGAAAAGACAAUAACUUUGGGCCAGUGUACAAUUGAUUUGUUGCCAAUAAUACAAGGUGAUAAAAAUUUUGAGAUAACUCUGGAAAUAUUGCCUGUAUCUGGGUCCCUCUGGGAAGCAUUAACUCCUGACCAUAGCAAGCCUGAAAUUGACAUCGAUGUCAGCAUUAGUCACUCACUCCUGGAAAGGUCAGAAUUGACGGAUUUUAAUAUUCUGACAAUGACUGUUGAGUCACUUGUAGCGCCACCAGAAUGUCUAACUUUACCUAACCACAUCUAUGUUGCUGCUCUCUGUGUACCACUAACAAAUGAGAAAGAAAACUUGGCUGUGUUUGCGGGUGCCAAUCUUAAACCUCCCUGUGAGAAAGAACAUGUAAAUAAACAGAAGAAAUGGGUUAAUGCUGGAAAUGCACAAGGAGGUGCCUGUUAUAUUCCUAACAGUUGGAUUACAGACUGUGCCACUGAUGAUGAAUAUGGGGACUUUCGUAGCAAAGAAGACAGAGACUACAGAAAACACUCUGAACAAGAGAAGAGUCGAUAUGUCUGGAACAUGGAGAGGAGAUGUUUUCUACAUCCUUCAGCAGUAAAAACGUUUCAGAAUCAAAUUACAAAACAAAGAUAUUGGCCAGUCGAAGUGUUUCGGGUUCACAUGCCAUCAGGAACUAAAGGAAAAAAAGUGACCCAGGAAGAGGAUGGUGCUCUUUCCUAUCAUGGAAUUGCAUAUGUGGAUGCCAGUCCAUUAUUAUAUCCUGGGGUUCAAACAAUCCGAGGGGCAUACAAGAUUACUCCAUUUUCAGAGACUUCACUUCAAGAAAAGACUGGAUGCACAGUUGGAAUUUCAGAAGAAGCAACUAAAGCAGCUAUCAGCAUUUAUACUCAAAGUGGUCAAUCUCCUGCCCAACGAAAAAACAAAGAGGAACGAAAAGAUGUCAAAAAGAAUACCAAACCAGGAGGCCUGGAAGUGUAUUCAGAGUUAGAAUUGAGUGUUGUCAACACUGAAGGUCAGCAGUAUGUAGAAGCCAGGUCAUACAUUAUGUUGGAGAUGACUUUGAAACAACCCUUGAUUCCAAAAAGAACUUUGAAAGAAUUAUCAGAAUGUGUCGCUUCAUAUAUUCCACCACGACCAUUGUUCCCUAAAAGAGUUGGAGGAGCUGAAAGGGCUGUUUCUGAUUUUCACAAACAAGUUGAAUGUGUAUCAAGAAUGGUUCUGGAGCAGUUCAGACAAUUAUUCCAAGAAGAAUUAUCCAGUGACCAAGAACCAAACCCCACUGUAAUGGAAGAAAGAAAGCGUAAGUUGCUGUAUACACUAAAUAAUACUGGUAAAUAUUUUACCUAUAAAGAACGACUCAAACAUGCAGUUGUCAAAAUAGUACGUGAAAAAUACCUCAAGACAAGUGACUUUGAAGAUAAACAAGAACUUCAGAACUUUCUCAGUCAGCUGUAUAUUUUUCUAAUGGAUGAGAUGCAUGCUGCUCUUAACAAAUUCCUCUGCCUUGAUGCCCAGCCUCCAAUUCCUGAGCCUCUUUCUGAUUCUACUCAACUAAAACACUUUGCCAUUGAAGCUGAAAUGAAUGGAAAUAUCAGCCUUGCAGCCAGGUACCAUGAAGAGAGAAUAUCCAGAGAUAAAAAUGAUGCCAGUCAUUGGCUGGAUUAUAGCAUUUUCUGUUUGGGCCAACAAGACAUAGAUAAGGCUGAAGAAUGCCUGAGAAAAUGUGUGGCUAUUGACCAAGAACAUUUGAAUGGGCUUUUGUUGUUUUCUAUUGUCAGUAGCCUGAAAAAACUAACAGAAGUUGCAGAAACUUUUCUGGAAACUGCUUUAAUGAUUGCUCCCAAAAGCAUAAUUGCUUGGACACUUUUUGGACUGUUCCAUGAUGCUUUAAACAAUGAGAUUCGUUCUGAAAUGGCUUUUCUUAAGGCCAGUCAACUGAACCUGGCGAAAUUUCUGACAAAAGAAACAACAGAAACAGACACAGCACCUCCUUUAACAUCACCACAACAAACUGUUGCCUCUCAGCUUAGCGUUCUAAAAAGAAAUGACACAUCACAAGCUGAGAUGUCACCAAAACAGGAUAUUUCUGGGCUUGACGUUAGUGAAACGGGUAUUAUUAAACAGGAAAUUUCUGAAAUGCAUUCAGAUAAUGUGCAAGAGGAGAGCAUACAUGAAAUGGAGACAAGAGUGAUUCCAGCCACUGAACAAGGUUUUGCCAAUACAUCCCAGUAUGGCAUGGAGAUAUCUCAAAAUUCAGAAAAAAUGUCAACACCAAAAUCAAAAAUGUUUGAUAAAAAACAUUCUCGUAUGUCCAAAACAUCUUCCAUGGGAACUUCUAACACUAUUUCUACCCACUCAGCCAAACGAAAGCAAUCAGAAAGUUUUAACCGGCAACAUGCCACCCCAUUAUUGGAAGAAAAAGAAGCCACACCUGUGGAUCAAACACCAGUUCCAGAGAAGAGCAUUUUCAUGAUCACUACUGAAUGGCUUUUACAAAUGAAAGCAGUAGUGUAUGCUGAACGGGCACUGUCUCAUGAACUUCUCCUUACACCGGACCAACCAUCUUUGCAAUAUUAUAUCAGUAUGGCACAGAUUAACAUUUUGAAAAAAGACUUUCCUAAGGCUGAAAAGAUUUUGGAGGAAGCAUUACAGAUAAGUUAUGAACAACCUGAUACAUGGGCCUUACUUGGGCAUGUAAAAUAUUUUAUGGGAGAUGCUGAAGGUGCCCAAAGCUGCUAUAAACGUACACUGGCCUUUGUAAAUGAUGCCACUGAUAUGCAUCCAGUGUAUCUACGAUUAGCCUCCAUUUACCUCCAAGACAAAAUGUUUCACAAAGCUCGAGAAACAUUUUUAAUGGCCUGCCAAUCAAGCCCUUCAUCUGUCAGUUGGUUGGGUGUUGGAAUUGCUUGCUACAGGAUGGGAAAUAUUUCUGAAGCAGAGGCAUCUCUGUGUGAAGCUAAUAUCCUAAACAAUAUGGACCCUGAGGUUUGGGCAUACCUGUCUUUAGUGUGUCUCAGGAAAGAACGAAAAUUUGAGGCAGAACAAUCAUAUAAAUAUGCAAUGAAGCUUGGAUUUCAAGAUGAAGACAUCAUCAAGGAAAUUGUGGAACUACAACAACAUUUGGGUUACGGGGACCCCUCUUUUCUAACAAACCACACUUCCAACUGCAAAUGA